AUGACCAUGGACACAGAGAAGGAGAUGAUGACCAAGACCGGCCACCCAUCCCUUGAGCCCGUCAUCAGCUGUGCUCAGGGCGAUGUGUACGAGGCCAAGGUGCGCGACGAGAGAAAUGGAGAAUUCAAACGCUCCUUUUCCCAGCGUCAAGUUCACAUUAUCUCUCUUGGUUCCAACAUCGGCAGUGGUAUCUUCAUUGGAACUGGCAAGGCCCUUCACGUCGGUGGCCCUGGCAACAUGCUCCUUGCAUAUCUCAUCGUCUGUUCGUUGGUCUGGGCUGUGCUUCAAACACUGUCUGAGAUGACCAUUGCCUUCCCCACAUCUGGUAACUUCAUCGACUACGCAGACAGAUGGGUGGACCCCUCUUUGGCUUUCGGUGCCGGACUCGCCGAAUGGUUAGGUUGGACCGCCAUCGUGGCCGCAGAGGCUGUAUUCUUCACCAUUCUGGUCAAAUUCUGGUCCGGAGAUCACGUACCUUUUGCAGUCCUUCUCACCAUCUUCUUGAUUGUCGUCUUGGUCAUCUUCCUCCUACCGAACACAGUCUUUGCCUGGUUCGAAUAUGUCACUUCUUUGAUCAAGAUUUUCCUCUUCCUCAUCAUCAUCACCGCCAGUAUUGCCGUCCUCUGCGGUGCUGGUCCCCAGGGCUAUGUCCACGACGCUAGCAACUACACCGUGAGAGCGGCAUUCAAAAAUGGCUUCAGUGGAUUCGCACAAUGUGCUAUGCUCGCUUGUUGGGCCGUUGGCGACCAAAUCUUCAUUGGUGUGCUCGCUGGUGAAGCCCAGUCUCCUCGCAUGAGCAUGGGUCACGCUACCAAGCUUGUUCCUUACCGAGUCAUUGGCAUGUACAUGAUCAGUGUUACCCUCGUAACCUUCCUGGUACCAUCCGACAGCGACAAGCUCCUUGGAGGCUCCGGUGUCACUGCCUCUCCCUUUGUCCUCGGCCUUGUCGAUUCCGGCAUCAAGGGUCUGCCCGAUCUCCUUAAUGCUGGCAUGAUAUGUGGUGUCCUCGCCAUCGCAGCAGAGUCAAUCUACCUGGCCUCGAGAAUGUUGAGAUCCAUGGGCCACCAGAAGCUGAUACCCGAGUGGUUCGCUCAGGUUGAUGGCAAGGGUCGCCCUCGCCGCGCUCUUCUCAUCACCUCGCUCGUUGCAGUCGUUCUCACCUACAUGGCCUGCAGCUCAGGUGGCACCGUCGCAUUGAACUGGUUCAUCAACAUCACCAGUUCAUCUUUCUUCAGCAACUGGCUCAUCGUUGGAUUCACCUCUUUCAGAUUCAACGCUGCAAUCAAAGCACAGGCCAGCAAGGUUCUAUCCGAUCCUUUUGCCUGGAAGUCGAGCAAGUGGCCCAUGGCCCCCGUCUGGCUUCUUACUGGUUCCAUCAUGCUUCUUGCCUGCUGCCUGUUCGCUGCAAUCCUUCCCUCUGCUGGUGCAAGCUUCAGCGUUGCAAACUUCUUCUCCUACAUGCUUGGUGUCAUCAUCAUCUUUGGCGGCACUGGUGUUUACAAGCUCGUCAUGCGCACCAAGGUCCGCGAGCCCGCCAAGGCCGAUCUCCUCACUGGAAGACACUACUUGUCUGAGGAGGAGAUUGUGGAGCUUGAAACUUACUACGCCCUGUCCAAGUGGGCUCGCUUCAAGACUUACGUCCAGCUGUGGUAA